AUGCGGCGCCAGCUGCAGACACUUGUCCAAAGGAAGUUUAAAGUCCUCCUCCUCCUGCUGCUGCUCCUGGCCUUUCUGCUGCAUGUCACGAUGGACUUGGCUCUCCCUGAGAGUCGCAGGCUCUGCAGCUGCGAUGCAAAAGCCUUGGGUACCCCCACAGGCAGCCCUUUGCUGGCCAGCCUUGAAAAGCUGAGCCUGCGCAUCCUUCAGGACUUCAGUGGCAGCAACGGUUCCUUGGAGAAAAGCUCCCAGCCUCAGGGAGCAGGGCCACUGGGAAAAGAUGGGGACGUGGGGAUCCAGCACCAGCAUGCAGAUGUCAGUCCAGCAUGGGCCAAGGGAUCCAAGCUGGCUGCACUCUUUGAGCAUCCCCUUUAUAACAUCCCGUUGCCGGAGGUGAAAGACAAAGACAAGCUGUUUGUCGUCAAUCCCAUGGAAAAGUUCAGCCUACGGAGCAGUGGGAGCGAUGAAUGGGUCAGCAGCAGUAAAGCCGAGAUGGUCCUCCCGACAGGGAAGACAGCCUACGACACCUACCCUGCCUGGCUCAAGUUCCACGUCGGCAUCAACCGCUACGAGCUGUACCCGCGCAGGGACCCCCUGAUGCCCACCCUCCUGCAGGACCUGGCCACCAUGAAGAUUGUCAGCUCGGUGCAGAAGUCUGGCGGUACCCAGCUGAAGCUCAUCAUGACCUUCCCGAACUACGGGCAGGCCCUCUUCAAACCCAUGAAGCAGAGCAGGGAACAAGAGACCCCCGCUGACUUCUUCUACUUCUCAGACUUUGAGCGGCACAAUGCAGAGAUUGCAGCCUUUCACCUGGACAGGAUCCUGGAUUUCCGACGAAUCCCACCAGUUUCUGGUCGCUUGGUGAAUAUAACAAAGGAGAUCCGGGACAUCACGACUGACAAGAAACUGGCCAAGACAUUCUACAUCUCCCCAGCGGGCAACGUCUGCUUCUACGGGGAGUGCUCCUACUACUGCUCCACCGAGCACGCUCUGUGCGGCAAGCCGGACCAGCUGGAGGGCUCCAUGGCAGUCCUGCUGCCCGACAAAGCUCUGGCCAAGCGUCGCUCCUGGCGCAGCCCCUGGCGCCGCUCCUACCACAAGAGCAAGAAGGCUGAGUGGGAGCUGGACCCCAACUACUGCAGCCAGGUGCGCCGGACGCCGCCUUAUGACAGUGGUCAUCGCCUCCUUGACCUCAUCGACAUGGCAGUACUUGAUUUCCUCAUGGGCAACAUGGACCGGCACCACUAUGAGACCUUUGAGAAAUUUGGGAACGACACCUUCUUGCUUCACCUGGACAACGGCCGCGGCUUCGGCACGCACUCUCGUGACGAGAUGUCCAUCCUGGCCCCGCUCCAGCAGUGCUGCAGCAUCAAGAAAUCCACCUACCUGCGGCUGCGGCUGCUGGCCACCGAGCCCUACCGCCUGAGUGAGCUGAUGCGGGAAGCACUGGCUGCCGACCGCCUGGCGCCCGUCCUGGCCGAGCCCCACCUGCAGGCAUUGGACCGGCGCCUGGGCAAGGUGCUGGUGGCUGUGGGACGCUGCCUGGCCACAGCAGCACAGCCCCACCAGGUGCUGGUGGAUGACAUAGGGUCGUGGCUGUGA